AUGAAAGACAGGGGUGAUGGCAUGAUAAGUGACAAUAUAGCUGGCUUGAAUCAUUACAGGAAUAGGAAAAAAGAAUUUAUGGAUUCCAGAAACACAACGACGAAAAGGGAUCGACCACUAAGUAGUUAUUUUGAUUCACCAUCAAAUACAAAGCCUAUUGAGGCUACAGACUAUUUCAGCUUGAAGGACGACGGCAUUAAUCAACUUCAAAUUAACGAUGAGCAUGAAAACGAAACAGAAGACAAUCAUGAAUUCACGUCUCCACUAGUCAAUAGGAAACCAUUCAGAAAUUUGAGUAAUUUUGUUAAUAACCUUGAAUUCACUAGUAUGAGGAAGAAAUUUUCUUCGUCAAAGAAAAGUUUAACUAGAUCGAUGACGCUGGUAGCCAAAUAUUCUAAUAUAGGACUUGAAAAAAAUAUAUCUCGAGAAGAUGAAGCAGAGAAGAAAUUCCAAAAUGAAUUGGUUGAUGAUCCAAAUAAUGAUCUGAAUAUCAUUUGUGGAUCACCUACACAGCUGAUUUCUAGAAAUAAGAGCAUUCGUAGGAUUCAUUCGAUGUGUCAGACCUCUAAAGAGAAAGAGACUUACAACAUGGAAGACAAUUCCCAUUUAUCCAAAACUUCGAUUAACACCUUCAAGGUUGAUAACGACUUAUUACCUAGAAUUAACGAGGAUGAACUAUUCAGAAUUUUAAAUGGAGAUUACAAGGGGGAAUUUGAUGAAUAUAUAAUUAUCGAUUGCAGAUUCAAUUAUGAAUAUGAUGGGGGCCAUAUUAGAAAUGCAAUUAACAUUACCUCUCAACAAGGUUUGGAAGAGAAAUUGAUAAAUAAUGUUGACAAUUCUACUUCAAAAAGACAACUAUACAUUUUUCACUGUGAGUUCAGCAUUUUUAGGAGUCCAACGAUGGCAUCUCACCUUAGAAAAUGUGAUAGAAUCUUGAAUAGCAAUAAUUACCCAAAAUUAACUUACCCUGACAUAGUAGUACUUGAGGGUGGUUACAAAGGAUUUUACGACAAGUACAAGUCCUACUGUUAUCCUCAAGCUUAUGUUGAAAUGAAAGAUGUCAAUUAUCAAAAAACUUGCGAACUUGAAAUGGGAAAGGUUAGACAAGCUAAAAAGUUACCUAGGGCCAAAUCUUAUAAUCAUUUCUUGGGAAAUGGCUCUCUUUCAAAUACUCAUAACAGAUCGAAUUCUUUUACGACGAUAACUUCCCAUGCUGAAAAUUUAAAAAUUUUGAAGAGACAGAGGUCUACUUCAAAAUUUAAUUUAAGCAAUAAUGAUAGUGAUAAUGAAACAUUCAUAUAUGGCACGCAUAACAUACCAGAUAAUAGGUUGACGAGGGCUUCAACAUUUACAUAUACUCCAUCCAUAUUCAAUUCAUCUCCAGCGAACAGCCCUAAUAUUUUGAGCAGCCUUGGAAUGGAUAAUGAAUUCCAGCCUCCACCUCCUUUAUUUAAGCUGAGUGGUCAUCAUAAAUCGUUCUCAAACUCAUCAAACUUUUCAACUUCAUCAAUCUCAAUUAACUCAUCGUCAUCAUCAAUAUGUUCUGAUUUGGCAUUUUCAUCCACUGAUUCGUUAACAGAUUCGUAUUCUUCUCCAGUUGGUGAAAUGCCAGAAUUCUUCGAGCCAAAGGGACAUAAUUUAACAAGCUACUUGAAAAUGAAUGCAAAUAAUAGUUCCUAUAAUCACUUGAAUGGGAACAAACCAUCCUUAAUCAAUUCGGUCUCAAGAAAACCUUCUGGACCAAUUCCUCAAUUACCAACACAACAAAGAAAUACGAUGUCAAGUUCUAGUAGCAAUGCAUCUACUGCAUCCAAUAAGACUAUUGUAUAUCAGAAUUCGAAGAAUUUACCUAAUUCAUCCUUCAAAUUUCCUCUUUCUUCGAAUUCUAAAAAUAAGGCAUCUCGUAAUUUGUCCCGAAUCAAUACUAAUACAAAGCAUUCAAGCAAUUCAUCUUUAUCUAAUAUUAAUGUUGUACCAACUGCAACUUCAUCACCUAUAAUGAAUUCUCCAUUAUCAAUAGUGACUCCAAUUUCCACUAUAGAUUCAUCUAAAAGCAAUCUAUCUAUUAUUGAUCCAAUCAAUGACACUCCUGUUGACUUUUCUGUACCAAGCUCGGCUAAAAUACCUUUCCAUCCUAGAAGAAGAUCUGGCUCAAUUUUGUCAUCAGGUGGAGGAAUACACAAAUUUUUAGACUUAGAUAUUGAUGAAGUGGAAGAAGAGGAGGAAGAUAUUAUUGAGGAUAAUGAUAGAACGCUCACUGAUAUCAAGUUAAAGAAUAAAAUAUCAGAUUUCAUUCAAAAAAGCCCAUUUAAUUAG